AUGGAAAAAAUUGAAUAUCGUGCCGUUAUAAAGUUCCUUACCAAGCAAGGAAAAUCAGUUGCGACCAUAAUGGAUGAGAUGUCAUCGGAUUACGGUGACUCUUGUCCUGGAAAAACCAUGGUGUACAAGUGGCACAGUUUGUUUAAAAAAGGAAGGGAAUCCCUUGAAGACGACCCGAGGCCGGGCGGGAGCAUCGAGGUGACCACGCCAGAACUUAUCCAAAAAGUCGAAAAACUUGUACUCAACGAUGCUCGACUAAAGAAGAAACAACUCGCAGAAAUGGUUGGUGUAUUCGAUACAACCAUUUUUAAAAUCCUGCACGAUCAUCUUGGCAUGACUAAGGUCAGCGCAAGAUGGGUACCGAGAAUGCUCACGCCGCCACAAAAACAACAACGCGUAGAGUGUUCACGUGCAUUUUUGGACCUCUGCAAUGAAGACAAGGAUGGUGUAUUGAGUCGAAUUGUUACUGGAGACGAAACUUAG